CACACUUGUCUCUCUCUCUCUCUCUCUCUGCUUCUCUGUGUUUCUAUUUUUUUUUUUUUUUUGGUUCUCUCUCUCUCUCUUUCUCUCGGCCACUGAGCUUCAAUAUUCUUCUACGUAUCUCCUACCAAAUUUAUAUAAUUUAUAACAUAAUUAAUAAUAUCAUUAUAAAUACUGUUUUUUUUUGUGUUUUUUUGUUUUUCAUUACUUUGGAAAACCAUGACCGGCAAAGAAAAAAUUCUCAGCAAGAUGAAGGAAAAGGUUGGUUUAGGUUCAUCAGAUCCUGACUCUGGGAAAGGAAAGAGCAAGAUGAUGAAACAUGUGACACACGGGUUCCACUUGGUGAAGGGAAAAUCAAAUCAUGCCAUGGAAGAUUAUAUUGUUGCACAGUUUAAGCAAGUUGAUGACAAUGAAUUGGGAUUAUUUGCAAUAUUUGAUGGUCACUUGAGUCAUGAGGUCCCUGAUUAUUUACGGUCUCAUCUCUUUGAGAAUAUUUUGAAGGAGCCCGACUUCUGGAAAGAACCAGAGAAGGCAAUUAGGAGAGCAUAUCGAAUAACGGAUACUAAUAUUCUGGAGGAAGCAAUUGAUAUGGGGAAAGGGGGAUCAACCGCAGUAACAGCCAUAUUAAUUAAUUGCCGAAAGUUAGUAGUAGCCAAUGUUGGGGAUUCUCGGGCUGUGAUCUGCAAGAACGGUGUAGCCAAACAACUAUCAGUUGAUCAUGAGCCAAGCAUGGAAAGAGAGAUGAUUGAGAAUAAAGGUGGUUUUGUUUCGAACUUUCCAGGGGAUGUUCCGCGUGUUGAUGGGCAGUUGGCUGUGGCAAGGGCGUUUGGUGACAAGAGUUUGAAGAUGCAUCUUAGCUCAGAGCCUCAUGUAGAGGUGGACAUGAUAGAUGAUGACACAGAGUUUGUCAUCUUGGCAAGUGAUGGAUUAUGGAAGGUAAUGUCAAACCAAGAAGCAGUAGAUUCUAUCAAGCAUAUAAAGGAUGCUCGUUCAGCAGCAAAGCACCUUACUGAAGAGGCACUUAAUAGGAAGAGCACAGAUGAUAUUUCAUGUAUAGUUGUAAGAUUUCAGUGAUGGAUAACUCUUGUCUUUAUAGCUUCGUUUGAUGAUGUAAAUCAAGGUUUUAAGCAAAACUAAAAGCAUAAAACUCAUGCUUAGUGUGCUUUUGUAAGCCUCUGAAUCUGUUAUAUAUAUUGUAUGUACUCUUUCACUGUUGCAUCGUAGAUGUAAACAUACUGUAACAAUGCCAAGAAUACGUAUUGUACUGGGAAAUCUGAAGUUUUUGUAUGUGGAUAACGGAUCGUGGAUGGUAUUUUCUUUUCAAGUUGGA